AUGACAACAUCAACGAAAAAGAAUCCUAUCUAUGCUGGAUAUAUCAAUCCAACAGUUGAUCAAUAUUCAACACAAAAAGAAAAUCCAUUAGUAUUAAUGGCUCAAGCAUGUAAUAAUAUUGGAAAAGAAUUUUCAAUACCUAUAAAACAAACAUCACCUCCAUCAUCAUCCUCAUCAUUUAUAUCUAAACAACGAAAAUCUAUUUCACCACAAGAAGGAAAAAAAUCUUUAAAACGUCUCGCAUCUUCAACUUUUCCAAUAUCAACAACUAAAAAAAUUUCUCAUCCACAAUCAUCAUCAACAUUUGAUUCAUUAUUUUUACAAUAUUUAAAUAAAAUAAUUUCAUCAUCAAUAGUACCAUGUAAUUAUUCAACGAUACUUCCAACAUGUCAACAAUCAUCUCCGUAUUUAAUCGAUUCAAUUUUAUCAUUACCAUUUGUUUGUAAUUGGAUUGAUUCAACUAAUCAAGAUGGAUUUUGUGGAAAACGUUUUACAAAUCAUAUAAAUUUACUUGAACAUCUUUGUACAGAACAUGCAUCGAUUAAAUCUUCAUAUUAG